AUGGCGACAGCGCGGGUGGCAGCUACCCUGCGGACCGCUGCUACCGGCGGGAAGUUGCACGGCCCUCUGGGCACUGGGGGCGCACGGAGACUGAGUGGUAGCGCACGGCGGCGGGCCGCUGGGGGUGCCAGCCCGGGACGCCGGCUCAGCACCGCGCGGGCACGUGCCCAAUCCCAGCCGGAGGAGGCCGAGGGCGCUGAGGACCGCGUCCCGUCGCCCACUACAACCGAGCCGUUGUGGACGCCGCCUCCGGCGCCGCCCGAAACCCCCGCGCCCCCGGCUGGCCGUUCUCUGGUGCAGCGGGACAUCCAGGCCUUCCUGAACCAGUGUGGGGCUAGCCCCGGGGAGGCGCGCCACUGGCUCACCCAGUUCCAGAGCUGUCACUACUCCACAGACAAGCCCUUCGCCGUCAUCGAGGUGGAUGAGGAGGUGCUCAAGUGCCCGCGGGGCGUAUCCAGCCUGGCCUUCGCCCUGGCCUUUCUGCAGCGCAUGGACAUGAAGCCACUGGUGGUUCUGGGGCUGCCGGCCCCCACAGCGCCCUCGGGCUGUCUUUCAUUCUGGGAGGCCAAAGCACAGCUUGCUCAGAGCUGCAAGGUGCUGGUGGAUGAGCUGAGGCACAACGCAGCCACUGCAGUGCCUUUUUUUGGCGGCGGGUCAGUGCUGAGUGCUGCAGAGCCAGCCCCCCAUGCCAGCUAUGGUGGCAUCGUCUCGGUGGAGACGGACCUGUUGCAGUGGUGCCUGGAAUCCAGCAGCAUCCCCAUCCUGUGCCCCAUUGGGGAGACGGCUGCACGCCGCUCAGUGCUUCUCGAUUCUCUGGAGGUGACCGCGGCGCUGGCCAAGGCGCUGCAGCCCACCAAAAUCAUCUUCCUCAAUAACUCAGGCGGCCUGCGCAACAGCAGUCAUAAGGUCCUGAGUAAUGUGAACCUGCCUGCGGACCUGGACCUGGUGACCAACGCGGAGUGGGUGAGCACCAAAGAACGGCAACAGAUACGGCUCAUUCUGGACGUGCUCAGCCGCCUGCCCCACCACUCCUCGGCUGUCAUCACCGCCGCCAGCACGCUGCUCACGGAGCUCUUCAGCAACAAGGGCUCAGGGACCCUGUUCAAGAAUGCCGAGAGGAUGCUGCGAGUUUGCAACCUGGACAGCCUAGACCAGGGGCGCCUGGUGAACUUGGUCAACGCCAGCUUUGGCAAGAAGCUCCGGGACGACUACUUGGACUCUCUGCGUCCGCGGCUGCACUCCAUCUAUGUCUCUGAGGGGUACAACGCUGCGGCCAUUCUGACCCUAGAGCCGGUACUUGGGGGCACCCCGUACCUGGACAAAUUUGUAGUGAGCUCCAGCCGCCAAGGCCAAGGUUCUGGCCAGAUGCUGUGGGAAUGCCUGCGGCGGGACCUGCAGAUGCUGUUCUGGCGCUCCAGGGUCACCAACCCCAUCAAUCCCUGGUAUUUCAAGCACAGUGAUGGCAGCUUCUCCAACAAGCAGUGGAUCUUCUUCUGGUUUGGCCUAGCAGAUAUCCGGGACUCCUAUGAACUGGUCAACCAUGCCAAGGGGCUGCCAGACUCCUUCUGCAAGCCAGAUUCUGACCCAGGCAGCUGACCCUUACCACAGGUCCUGUAGGCCCUGGGAUAGCCAGGGUAAACGGAAAGCCAUUCCUGCUGAGGGUGACCCCAGGCAGCCACAGGCUGGUUGGGGCUUGUUGGCUGAGUAAUUUGCAGAGGAAGAAGCAGCCCCAGCUCUGCGCAGAGGGAACACCAAAGUGGGACAAGUACAAGGAGGGGGGGCCAGCCUAAGGUUUUGAAGACACAACCAGGUGGCUUUCAAUUUUCAGCCUGGGGACUGGGGCAUGGGUGCCUUGGAGGGCCCUACUCGGGGCUAACCUUAACAAUAGGCCAGUUUCUAGGCCUCUGUGUCAUUUUGAGGCUCCCUUGCCCAAAAUCUCUGUCUCACACACACAGACACCACCUGAUAUUCUAUCACUCACUCUAAUUCCUUUGGGUCUUACAAUUUUUCAGAAGGCCUUGAUUAAAAUGCAAAUACUUCUGUGAGUCAGUUCACACUUGAAAGGAAAUUAGCAGUGACCCUCUGGGAUCAAGAACUUGAGAACCAGGGGACUUAUAGAGUAAAGGAACAAUGAGAUGGAGGGCCCCAAGGAUGAAUGCUGCCAUCAUCUCCUCACCUGAUGCCAGCUUUCCCCUAGG